AUGUCUGAUCUCAAAGCAUACCUUGCGGCAAAUUAUAUGUCUGGGCCCAAGGCCGAUGCCAUCCUGGCCCGUUCAUCCGAACCCAACCUCAAGAAGAAGAAGAAGAAGAAGCCAAAGAACGAAGACUAUAUUGGUGGCUCGGGGACCAAAGGCGAGGAACCUUCGGCAGGCGGCAUACUGCUCAAAGAUGAGGAUGAAAGCUGGAUAGGGCAAAAUGAAGAAGAUGAGGAUGUCGAUGGGCCUAUGGUCGGGAAGGAGCUGGCAACAUUCAAGAAAUCAAAAAACUCUUGGGCGACCGUUGCCGAUAAAUCUGCGCUCCCGUUACCAGAGGCGGGUCCGUCACACUCUGCCGAAGACGAACAAGUCCAGGAAGAACCUGAGGCGCCGCCAGUCCAAAUGACAAAACGUCGCGGAGGUCUCAGAACAUAUGCUCAACUGAAAGAAGACACCGAGCGAGAGAAGGCUGCCCAGCGCUCAGCAUCUCCUGUUGGUGACGACGACCGGCCAGACCCAACGGCGACAGUUUAUCGAGAUGCUUCGGGUCGAGUGAUUGAUAUGCAGCAGCUUAAGGAGGAGGAAAAGCGGGCAGAGGAAGAGGAGCGGAGAAAAGAGGCGGAGAAGAAGGAGUGGACUAAGGGUUUGCAGCAGCGUAGGGAAAGGGAAGAGAGGGCAAGACUGGAAAGGGAGAUGGCGGAUGCGGAUGUUGGGCGGACGAAAGAUGAUGUAAGGAUGAACAAUGAUAUGAAGGAUGAGGAGAGGUGGAAUGACCCGGCUGCGGCAUUUUUGACUAAAAGGAAGAAGAAGGGGCCCAGAAGACCAAAGUACCAGGGCCCGUGGACACCUAACCGAUUUGGCAUACCCCCGGGGUUCAGAUGGGAUGGCGUUGAUCGGUCAAAUGGAUUCGAGAAAAAGUUCUUCCAAGCACAAAAUACGCGAGCACGAAACGAAUACGAACAUAAUCAAUGGAGUGUGGAAGAUAUGUAG